CCAACUCCACUAUGGGUAUCAGCCGUGAUUCGAGGCACAAGCGUUCCGAGACUGGUGCCAAGCGCGCUCAGUACAGAAAGAAGAGAAAGUUUGAGUUGGGCCGUCCCCCGGCCAUGACCAAGCUCGGUGGCAGACGUAUUCACGUCGUCCGCGUCCGCGGUGGUAAUGUCAAGCACAGAGCUCUCCGCCUUGAGUCUGGCAACUUCUCUUGGGGUUCCGAGGGUAUUGCCCGCAAGACCCGUGUCUUGACUGUCGUAUACAACGCCUCCAACAACGAAUUGGUCCGCACCAACACUCUCGUUAAGGGUGCCGUUGUUCAGAUUGAUGCCACCCCCUUCCGUCAGUGGCACGAGGCUCACUACGCUUCCUCCCUUGGCAAGAAGAAGGCCAACGCCGAGGAAGUUGCCGUUGAGAAGAAGUCUAACAGCGUCCAGAAGAAGAUUGCUGCCCGCCAGGCUGAUGCUGCCGUCGAGACCCUUCUCGAUGACCAGUUCACCUCUGGCCGUCUUUACGCCGUCAUUGCCUCCCGCCCCGGCCAAUCUGGUCGUUGCGAUGGUUACAUUCUCGAGGGUAAGGAGCUUGAGUUCUACGUCAAGAAGAUUAAGAGCCGCAAGUAAAUAUUUUUACUACUUCUCACAUCUUGAAGAAUCCCAUCGUUCGUAUGACCACACCAAUAAAACACAAAUCCAUGUCAUCAAUCAAUAAGAAACUUAUUCGGCUAGAUAGAAAAAAAUGUUGGCUUGUCUUUUAUAUAUAUAUAUAUAUAUAUAUAUAUAUAUGUAUAUGUAUUAUGGUUUUUGAAUCAGGUUCUCAGCAAUUGACCCAC